AUGACGACCUCUGACCUUGACACAAGCAUCACAAACACCCCCCGCCUCGCCGGUCUUGCUCCUCGGGUGGUGCAGAUCACUGCUGAUGAAUGGGACAGCUUCAGGAAAAGAGAUACGCGCCUACUGCCCAGGAAAAAUGAGAGCUUCAUCGGGUAUGUGUCUCGCGUCAAGGGCUGGAAGUAUUUCAAUGAUAGCUCCCGAUUUGAAGAUUCUGCUGCUUGGGCAGCAGAGAGAGCAUCUCGGACGUAUUUUUGGGCCCAGGAUAUUUGGGAUGGAUUCCGAUACCGCAUCAAGUUUCGUGGUGCUUGCUCGUGUACGGAUUUGGUCGCCAUGAGAAAGCUUCACACUUUUUGGCCUACACUGCGCGACUUUCAGAGGACGGCAUCAGCUGGGUGUGGAAGAUGUUGGUUCAUCGUACGGAGCGUCGCAUUAUUCGAAUCAAGGUAUGCUGAUAUAGACCCCGGGCAAAUUCAGGUGCACAUCAAAGACACGGGUCAUUUCUAUCAAGGCGAUUACUCCAGGAUCAGAGUCAGGUGGCUGCCAGAUGGGUCGGGUCCGACCUUGGAACCGUACUUGGCUCAACUAUCUCAGGAAUAUAGGACCAUUGAUCUCGUGCUAUAUGCGGACGAAGGUUAUAAGAUGGAUCGUGGCUUUUUCCGUCGGACACUACCACCGACUAGAUCUGAUGAUGGCGUUUGUAUUGACAAGAUCAAACACUGGAUCGACGAGUGCAUCCGGGACCAUGGAUGUGGACUUGAUAUAGCUCAGAGAGGGCUUCCUACACGGUUGGUAGAUGUGAGUCCUGACGACCGGACCGAAGGUCUCAGACUCGCCAUCGGCUCAGAAAUUCUGGCAGAGGAUACUCCAUUCGCGGCACUCAGCCACUGCUGGGGCGAUAAAAAGGAUCGAAUCAAGGCAGUCCCGAAAACAACGAUGGCCACGUUAUCACGACACUUGGAGAAAAUCGAAUGGGACGAUCUGACACCGACCUUUCGCGAUACCAUCAACCACUCGCUCUGCAUCGUACAGGACGAUGGCGCAGACUUUGCGCGAGAGGCCGCGCGCAUGGCAUUGAUAUAUAGCCAGGCACAUGUUGUGAUUGCCGCCACCAGAGGGAACACCGGCGAUGCGGGACUUUUCCACAGCCGACGAGGGGCACAAGAAUUAAUCAUUCACGAAGAUAAUCCUCGCAAGAGUUCCUAUCUCCACGUAAAGGAAACCAUUCCUCACGAUGCCUUUCUGACCAACGACCCCUACCGGUUCAACACGACGCCUUUAUUUGAGCGGGCCUGGUGUUUUCAGGAGCGACUUCUUGGGAGAAGAGUGGUGCACUUCUCGGCCGACGAGAUUGUCUUUGAGUGCGGAAACAAUCUUGAUUGUGAGUGCAUGGAAAUCAGACGUCACCGCCGUGCAGGAACGUUCAAGACCACGACACUGAAGACGCUUAGCAACGUCAAGGGCCCCACUUCUCGAAUUGAGCUUUGGUAUUCGGUGGUAGAGCCAUACUCGGCAUGCGCACUACAUGACGAAGCGGACAGACUGCCAGCGCUGUCCGGGUUUUCUAGACUGAUUGCUUCGAAGGAGUUGGAUGGGUAUUGUGCCGGACUCUGGAGGUAUGAAUUCCCCUCGGGGCUGUUGUGGCGAGCAGUACGGGCGGCCCCCGGAGAGACACAGACCCAACGUCCAAAGGAGUACUGUGGUCCGUCAUGGUCGUGGAUCGCGGUACGUGCUCGAAUCGAAGCUCACAUCAGCUGGCACUUUGCAAACGAAAUAGUAGCAGAGGUGGUGGAUGUCCAAACCUGUCCGAAGGAGAUUGGGGUUCCCUUUGGGGCUGUAACGUCGGCAUUCUUGAUUCUGGCAGGGCCCGCGGUCUCUGUGACUCUCCAUCAAGAAGAAACAUCUGGACAUCAGGAAUCACGAGAGUGUUUCAUGAGUCUUGCUCAAUCCUCGGGCACGAACCACACGGCGGCCCUCGAAGACGAAGACCCCGAUUGUGCUCCCGGCGCUGAACCUGAAUCUCGCGGUCCUAGUUGGCAACCGUUUCAACUGGAUGUGCCUGCAGAAGUCAACGGCUUACAAGCAGUGUGCAUUGCAAUUGAAAGGUGGCACCCUCGAAUCAACAGCGGACAGGGAACAUGCCUCCUGCUUCAGGCGGUUCCUGGCGAAGCGUCAUAUACUCGUCUUGGGGUUUCAUUCUGUCCCGCUUCAUGGUUUCAAGUAGCUCACCGGAUGGAGGUCAAGAUUGUCUGA